AUGAAUGCUGCUCUUGCGAUGAUGAUGACAACGCAACACCUGCGAAGAAAUAGUUCGACAAAUUCCAACGGCGUCUUAACUGACUCGACAAAUAUCAACGGCUUCGUAGUUGAGUUGUGGGAUGAGCGUUUAGUCCGCUGGAUUUUUAAGACAUACCCAGAAACUGCACUCAAUGUUCAAUGUCAGAACCCAGAGCAGAGGACAUAUUUUAUGAACGUUCUCUUGUAUACCAUCCGGAUACUUGUCCACAAGAGACCACUAUCUGAUGCUGAACUAAUCACAACCUCGAAGAAUUUGCGUUAUCUGACGGAAGCCGGUUUUAAGGUGGAAUGGUUGUGGUCAAAGCUCGAGAUGAAGAAACAUGAAGCUUACCUAGAUAGGAAGAAACGCGAUUCUUGUGAAGCUCGGAUUGUGAAACUCAAACUAGAGCUCAAGAAACUUGACGGUGCCAUGUCUGGUCUCAAAGCUGAGUUGAAAAACGAGGAGGCCAAGUUGAAUCCUCGUUCGUUUAGGAAUCUUUUGGGGAAUUGCUUCUGCCUAUAG